CACGAACUACACUCCUUCCGAGCCAUCCGGCCAUACAAUGAUCGGCUUCCCCUCCCUCCUUUUUCAGCGGCGGGGGUUGCGCAAGAUGGAAAAUGUUAACCAACCUGGCGUGUCCCUCGAAAGCCUUCCUUGGAAAGGCAUUUGGAGCUCGAACGGCCCCUCAUUCCUUCACCACCAGCGACCAUCACUUGUGACUGGACAACCACGGUUCGAUUGAUCUGCCCAGCACACUGGGUUGGGAAUACCACUGUUUACCUCGAUCGACUGGAGAUGCUAUUGCCGGCUGAGGCAUGCAGAUUUGGGCUUGGCGACAUGGUGGCCGGACCGUUGGUUGUCGGAGUCGACGUCGGAGGUAAGUGGGCGUCUCUUCUUGGCUGUCGCUGCUAAGAAGAAGGCGAGACUGCAAUGUCGGUUGCUUAUUGGCUUCCCACCAGGGACCAACACCGACUCGGUCCUUCUGGAUCUUUCCAAGACCGGCUCGGCGGCCGUCGUCGCCGCCGACAAAAAAGAGACUCGCGCCAACGUCACUCGGGGGAUCCGGAGCACACUUGGGGAGCUCCUCAGCAAGGCGCUGGUUGCCCCAGCCGACGUUGCCGCCGUUGCCAUCGGGACCACGCACUUCCUCAAUGCAAUCAUCGAGCGCGACGGGAACAGAGUCGAGAAGGUCGCGGUGCUCCGCCUGGCGUCGCACAACUUCUCUGCCGGAACACCACCCUUCGCCGACUGGCCGCAGGGACUCGAGCGCAUUGUACAUGGCUUCUCCGCCAUCAUCCCCGGCGGCUGCAACAUCGACGGGUCGGUUCUCGGCCCGGUGGACGAAGAGGCUGUCCGUCGACUGGCAGCAGAAAUCAGAACUGCUCGCAUCAAGAAUGUUGCCAUUGUCGGCAUCGGGUCACCCAUGGACGAGCACCAUGGGCAGGAGGAGAUUGUCCGAGAUAUGAUUGUUGACGAGCUCGGCGGCAGCGUCAAUGUUGUUUGUUCCAAGGAAAUUGGCGGCGCCGGCUUGCUCGCGCGGGAGAACGCCACCAUACUCAACGCCGCCAUCCUAAGCUUUGCUCGUCGCACCAUCCAGGCCUUCAUCGGCGCCAUGAGAAAUACAGGCUUGCGUUGUCCGCUGUAUCUCACCUCCAAUGCCGGGCACCUGCUCCCGUUCUCCGAAGCCAUCAAGGCACCCAUUCACAUAUUCUCAUCGGGACCUACAAACUCCAUCCGCGGAGCUGCUUUCCUGGCGGGAGCUGAUGGCAUCGGCAGGACUGGAAGUGUCGUGAUCGAUAUCGGAGGCACCACCACCGACGUCGGGUAUCUCCUUCGGAAUGGCUAUCCCCGCCUGACCAGUACCUAUAGUGAUCUUUCUGGGAUAAAGGUAAAUCUCGAAAUGCCUGCCGUUGGAAGCAUCGGACUUGGAGGAGGGUCGGUCAUCCACAGGAGCGGAGAUGUGGUCCGUGUCGGUCCACAAAGUGUUGGGCAUGAACUGACUACGAAAGCUCUCUGCUUUGGAGGAAACACGCCAACCGCAACAGACGUGGCUGUAAGCCUCGGGGUCGAAAUUGGCGCAGCCAAGAGGGGUCAAUACCCUGAGCUCCCCGACUCUGUCGCCGCUGCCGCCAAUUUGCGCAUCAAGAAGAUGCUCGAGUCCAUCGUUGAUCGCGCAAGGUUAUCUCCUGACCCUUGCGAUGUCAUUCUUGUAGGAGGCGGAUCUAUUCUUUGCCCACCAGGCUUACUCGACGAUAGACUGGUCCGGUCCGUCGCUAUCCCCCCAUACGCAAACGUUGCCAAUGCUGUGGGCGCGGCUACCGCUCUGGUUCAUGGCUCUGCCGAAAGCAUCAUACACGGCCCAGAAGUCGAGGCCGGCAUCGCAACGGUCACCGCACGAGCCGUUCAGAACGCAGUCGCCAGGGGAGGCGUGCCCGGCUCGUCGGCAACACUCAUCAGCAAAGGGGUCUCGGGCGUGCCCUACGUCGAGGGGCAGACGGUGAUCAAGAUCGAGGUCACACUUCCCGCGGAUCAUGGGCGCGUUUAUGCUGAGAUGCUUCACACGCCAGCCGAAAAGUACGACGAAGCCAUGGAGGCAGAGCUUACACAGUCAACCGACAAGGCCUGUGCCGUGGGUCGCGGUAUCGGUGAGGAGCAGGACGGGCCGGUAGUUGACCUAGGGAGCUACAGGCCCGAUGUCAGCCCAGAUGGUGAAUGGCGAUUAUCAGAGACCGAUGUGAAGCUUCUGUCCGUCGGGUGCUACAUUCUAGGCUCGGGAGGAGGAGGGUCGACCUACGCCCCCGAGCUCGAGUUGAGACAGCUCAUACGCAGCGGCCAUAGCGUCAAGAUCACCCGCUGCGAGGACCUGAUAGAUGACGAUCUGCUCCCGCCCGUGGGGAGCGUUGGCACUCCUGCCGUUGGGAUCGAGCGCCCCGGAGGCGAUGGAGUGUAUCACGCCAUGAAGGAGAUGGAAAAGGUGCUAGGCAUCGGUGCCCGGUUUACCAAGCUUUUAGCAAUCGAGAUCGGAGGCUCCAAUGGCGUUGGGACACUGUUGUGGGGGAGUUCGAAAUACUACAACAUCCCGACCGUGGACGGCGACUUGAUGGGUCGAGCAUAUCCUAAUUUCGAGAUGGUCUCGCGAUACGUCAUGGGUGACUCUGUCAAUGACCUCUUUCCUGUCACGCUCUGCAGUGGCACUGGCGACAAUGUCGUGAUACCGAAAGGACAGGACGACGCCGUCGCCGCUGGGGCUGCAAUGAGAGAUAAUCUGGUCUCCAUGGGAUCCGCGGCGGGAGCAGUCGGAAACCCCUUAACCGGCGCGCACAUGAAGUCCGUCGGCAUACCCAACACUUUCUCGCUGGCCUGGCGACUAGGCCGGGCGGUGGUGGCGGCGCAGCGGCGGGCCGAGUCCUUCUCGGGGGUGGCGCGGGCAAUCAUCGCCGAGUGCGGUGGCCCGCGAUCGUGCCGGCUGCUCUUCCGGGGCAAGGUGCGCGGCGUGGAGAGCCACGUGACUGCCACAGCUCACAGCACCGGCAAGAUCACAAUCGAGAGGCUCGGCGAGGGCGAGGGCGAAGGUGAGGACGAGGUAGACGACGGGGACACGAAACCUGCCAGUGACAAAGAUACUUCAGGGAUCGAGUUCGACCCAGACCUGCUCGAGGUUGAAGUGCCCUUUAUUAACGAGAACCUCUCCGUGGUUGGAAGAACAGCCGAUUGUCCCGACAAGGUCCUCGCUACUGUACCGGACCUAAUCUUCAUCCUCGACACUGCCACGGGAGAGAAUAUCGGGGUGCAAGACUACCAGUACGGACUCAAGGUGGCCGUGAUGAUUAUGGCGCCGCACCCCCUCUGGGUCAGCGAACGCGGACUACAGGUAGCCGGCCCGAGGGCAUUCGGCCUCGUGCACGACUACACGGCAACCCUGGAGUACACGAAACCUCGGAGCGUCAUUGAGGAGUUUCGCUCGGUGGAACACAACCACGACCACGACGCAGCUCGACCUGAACCAUGAAUGCGAAGACCUACGUAGCAGGUGGCGACGCCGGUUUCAUGGAAAUAGCUAUGGAUGUUCCCAACGGCGAGCAACCACGAAGCAAUGUCGCCAUUGUGCGGUGCGGGCUUUGUGGAUACGCCAAAUGACAGCGAGGAUGACUGACGCAGACCCCAAGUCGGCUGGGGGGGAUGGAGUGACGGAAGCCUGCUUCGCAUCCUACAUCCUAUGGUGCUGAUAUCACCAACAAACACGGUGGGAUUGGGCCUCAAGGGGAGCCAACCCCGGUCCCACCACGUGCGGGGUGCAUCUUCGGCCAGCCGGAAAACCGGGGCUGGGGGCCCAAGGAAUGGACUUCAUCCACCGUUGGAGUUUGGAGAAGAUGAGAAGGAUCCGGCUUUUCCCACGGCUGUAGAAAGAGUCGAAGCGAGCUUCCUUUCCCCCACUUUCCACAUUUAAACUAGAUGCGAUGUGGCGCUAAACCGAAGGUUGAGUAAAGAUUUUUCUUAUUUCUUAUUCUUAUGUCGUCUCUUCUAAACCUAGCACCAACCUUGUCCUGUCUGGUGGCGGUGUCAACCCAUUUUUAACAUGAUAAAAAAAAUCCCAUGGGAAACAGGGUUCCAGGCCUGAUCCAUUUUUGGUCGCCAUGCGUCCAGGCAUGGCUACAUGAGAACUUCCUUGAUCCAGCUACAUGUUCAGCGUGUGCCCCCUGCGGUGCAGGGGUGUGCUAUAUCCAGGACCUCUUGAGUCUGAUUGAGGGGUUAAAAAUGCAAAAGGGUUCUUUUGUUUUUUUUGUUUUUUGGGUUUCAGCAGGACAAGACAUGGAAGCGACCUGGGCGCGGGAAUGCGACGCAAAGAGCCCCAAAAUUUCGGCAGUUUCCACAAAAAAAAAAGCUUCUGCAUAAGCCCGUCGGCACGUUUUCGCUGGGCGCGCGCGCGGCUCCAACGCAGCGCAGGGCCUGCGCCUCUCGCGGAAAGACCGCCCGUGAAGC